AUGGAUCGCAAGAGAAAGCGCGAACUGCGCGACUUAAACACUCGCGCUUGGAAUGGCGAGAAAGACAUUUAUGCCGUGAACAAGUCACUAGACUCAUCGCUCAAGAAGAAUACAGCCUUCAUCAAGCGCCUUCGAACCGCAAUUUCAGCUGCGACCCUUAGCACCUUCCUACAAGAAAUUCGAACCCUCAGCCUACACAAAUAUCUCUCGGAAAUUAUAUCAGCUUGUUAUGAAGGGCUUUGCAGACUCAAGUCGCCGGGAGAGGUUGAGGCGGGUGUAGAAAUUGUCAGCGCAUUACAUCAGCGUUUUGGGCCGGCAGAAUUUACGGAGUUUCUAGGAUGGUUGGUAGGAAAAGGAUUGGCUACACCCGAAAAGUCGUUAUUGAAGAGUCUCGCAGCCGAAGCCCGGGAGAAGGAAGAAAAGGAGCGGAUUGUACGACAGAGAGUACUUUUGAGAGUUGUCACCGAGUUGUGGCUGGUGGGAGUUUUGAGAACGUUGGACGAUGUUGCUCGACCAGAUGACGCAUCUCACGGCAAGGAGUCUCUUUCGGGAUCAUCGAACAAGGCACCAGAUACUAAAGCGAAACCGAACGGGGCUGGAAAGGGGGGAGGUGCGGAACCGUUUCCUCUAGAAGUUCUCAAGGAUCUUCUGGGCCAUGAUAGGGAUCAUGCAAACUUGCCCUUACUGGUAAUUUUUGUAAAAGCAUUUGGUUGGGACAUCCUCGGUGUCAGAGAAGCCGGAUAUGAGGGCAGAAAAAUUGUGGAGGAAGACGGUACUACGAAGACGACGAACGAUGCCACCGAAGGUGAAGGUGAGAAUGAGGACGGCGACGAGAACGAUUCGGUGGAAGUGACGUCACCCUUAGUGGACUCGACCGAAGAUGCCCCUCUUGCUUCACCUGAACUCCAGGAGCGUUUCCGCAAUAUCCUCAACCGCUAUUUUGAAGAUGUCAAGGCGCACAUUAUUCGCGAUCAAAAGGCUAUUGCUAAACAGGCCCGCAAAGACUCAGAAGCAUAUGUCAAAUCUGGCCAAUUGUUUGAGGAUCGCCAGGCAAAUUACGAGAAGGCGCUUAAAGGGCAAGAACGACUUGUAUCAAACGCUCAAGUUCUCGCAGAAUCCAUUGGCGCAGAAAUGCCAGAUCUCAAGGACUCCGAUGAUUCUUCGGCCUUAGGCAAUGGAGGCAUUGGGCUUGUGAAGGCUGGCGAUUAUCUGAGAGGGGAGGGUGAGGGCGCAGGUAUCUGGGAGGACGAAGAUGAGCGAAGAUUCUACGAAAAUCUGGUAGAUCUCAAAGGAAAGGUCCCGGGUAUGCUCCUCGAAGAUGGUAAAAAGAAGAAAACAGAUACGGACGAGCAAGUGGGCAAAAAGGUCGACACCUCCGAGACGAUUCCCUCGGAGACCACUGCGCCCACAGCAAAGACUGCAGAUGAUGAUCAGUCUACAGCCAUCGCCAACAAAACCAUUGGUGCCCAGGUCGAUGCAUUGCUUGCUAGACUCCCUGAUCUUACAAACAAAGACUUGAUUGACGAGGCUGCUAUUGAUUUCUGUUUCUUGAACUCCAAAGCUUCUCGUAAUCGUUUGAUCAAAGCUGUGCAAGAGGUUCCUAAGGGCCGCAGUGAUCUUCUGCCAUCAUACUCAAGACUAGUAGCAACACUGGGAAAGUACAUGCCUGACAUUACCAAAGGCUUGGUUGACCACCUUGAUCAAGAAUUCCGUAGCCUUCAACGUCGCAAGGAAAAAGAAUUCUUAGGCCAAGCCCGACUAGGAAACAUCCGCUACUUAGCUGAACUGACCAAAUUUGGCGUGGUUCCUGAGCAUGUUAUAUUCCAUUGCUUGAAAGUCAGUCUUGACGACUUCUCACGGAUGAAUAUCGAGAUUAUAUGUAACUUGCUAGAAAACUGUGGCCGAUACUUACUUCGCAAUCCAGAUAUGUCCCCUCGAAUGACAUCCUUCUUGGAAACACUGAAACGCAAAAAGUCUGUCCAACAUAUUGGCCAACAGGAGCGGAUGCUGAUCGAAAAUGCCGUUUACUAUGUAGACCCACCUCUACGACCAACGAUCCAGCAAAAGGAGAGAACUCCAAUUGAUUUGUUCAUUCGCAAGCUUGUCUAUUCUGAUAUGACUACACGAAACUAUGCUAGAAUUAUCAGGUCGAUUCGUAGACUUCACUGGGAAGAAUCGGAGGUUGUCACUAUUCUCGAAAAAGUCCUCUCCAAACCCGGAAAGGUGAAGUAUGGUAACAUUUAUCUUUUGGCAAUUGUUACAAGCGCUCUAUUCCGUUACCACCAAGGGUUUGUAAUCACAGUCAUUGACAAUGUAUUGGAAUACAUUAUUGUUGGUUUGGAGCAAAAUGAUUUCAAGUUCAAUCAACGUCGGAUUGCAGAAGCCAAGUACCUUGGGGAACUGUACAAUUUUCGAAUGGUGGAUCAUCCUGUCAUAUUUGACACAAUGUACCGUAUUUUGACAUUUGGUCAUGGUGGACCACCUGUGCCUGGUCGCAUCAAUCCUUUCGAUAUGCCUGAUGACUUUUUCAGGAUUCGUCUUGUAGCCAUUCUAUUAGAAAGUUGCGGCGUUUUCUUCAGUCGUGGUGCGGCAGGAAAGAAGCUUGAUUAUUUCUUGUCAUUUUUCCAGUACUACAUCUACACAAAAGAUCCUCUCCCUAUGGACGUUGAAUUCAUCGUCAGUGAUGUUUACGCGGCCACAAGACCUCAAUGGAAGCUUGCUUCAAACAUAGAAGAAGCUAGUCGUGCGUUCCAAUUGGCCAUGGCCCAGGAUCAAAAGACUGCUGGCAUCGAGAAGGUUGCUGAACCAGAGGAGCCUGACAGUGAGGCAUCAUCAGAUGAAGGAGACGCAGGCAUUCCAGAAGGAGAUGUCGACGAUGUUUCCCUAGAUUCGGAAGAAGAAACGGAAAUUGAUGCUAAUACCGACAACUUAACAUCACCAACAGGAAAUGAAUCAGAAGAAGAGAAUUUCAAAGUCACUCGCCAGGAAGAAGAAAUCGACCCCGAAGAUGAAGCCGACUUCGAACGUGAGUAUGCUAAAAUGAUGGCUGAGAGUCUAGAUUCCAGAAAAUUUGAACGAAAAGCGACCUUCGAUGUCCCACUUCCCAUGAGACGCAAAGACCGUGAAGUCGCAAACCCAAGCGAAUUGCCUAAAGAGACUACCUCAGAAAAUGGUCCAUCCAGUGGUACAAUGGCAUUCUCACUCUUAACAAAGCGUGGUAAUCGACAACAGACUCGAACGGUAGCCCUCCCUUCAGACUCAAACUUCGCAAUCGCUAUGAAAUCACAACAAGCUGCCGAGCGCGAGGAGCAACAACGCAUCAAGAAUCUAGUUCUGAAUUAUGAUCUCAACGAUGGCGAAGAACAAGAUGGUGACUCUGCACUGCAACCCUUACUCCCUAAUCCCAAUAUUCACACUUUCACUUCAGGUUUCGAUAAAAAUGCCUCUACAACGUUCUCCAGAUCUGACAAAUCUGGUAGUAACCGUAGUGGACAGAGGUCAAGAAAACUACAGCUUAGUGAUGUUGAUUGGUAUGGUCCCCCAAAAGAGUCUUCUCAGAUUCAAACUCCAGGAAAUGCCCUAAAAGAAGAGAAUCGUAAAGCCCGGAAUAUUCCUGAGUUGGACGUUGGGAUAACUUCAGUAUCUACGCGAAAAGUUUCCAAGUCAUGCCCAAACCUCACUGUUGAAAGUAGCCCAAAAGAUAAAGGUUCCCCCCAAAAGGAAGAGAAUCUGCCAAUGAGAGAUACGCCUGGAAGUAUUUCCAAGAAGUUCCGUCCGAGAUAA